GGGGCACAGCGAGGGCGGCGGGCGGAGAUGCCCCCGCGGGCGGCCGCUCGCACAGCCGCGGGCGGCGCUGGCCGGGGGGGUCCCGCCGCCGCCUCGGGCGCUGUCCCGCCGGCAGGACCGGCCGGGAGGGGCCGGGGCAGCGCCCCCGAUGGGGAACGCGGCGCUGGGGGGCGGCCCGUGGGUGCUGCGGGCACUGACGGGGUGCCUGCUGGGCGCCCUGGUGCUGAGCACGCUGCUGGGCAAUGCGCUCGUAUGCCUCGCCGUCCUGCGCUUCCGCCACCUCCGCAACAAGGUCACCAACUGGUUCGUGCUGUCGCUGGCCAUCUCGGACCUCUGCGUGGCCCUUUUGGUGAUGCCCUGGAAGGCGGUCACUGAGGUGGCUGGAGGCUCCUGGCUCUUUGGCCGCCACUUUUGUGACACCUGGGUGGCUUUCGACAUCAUGUGCUCCACCGCCUCCAUCCUCCACCUCUGCAUCAUCAGCCUGGACCGGUACUGGGCCAUCGCCAGCCCCUUCCGCUAUGAGCGCAGGAUGACGCAGCGCCUUGCUUGUGCCAUGAUAGCCAUGGCCUGGGCUCUCUCCAUCCUCAUCUCCUUCAUCCCCGUGCAGCUACACUGGCAUAAAGCCAAGGACAGUAGAGAUCCAGGCUCCUGGCUACCUGGGACACCCCGCUGUGAUGUCAGGUUGAACCGCACUUAUGCCAUCACUUCGUCCCUUAUCAGCUUCUACAUCCCUGUGGCCAUAAUGAUCAUCACCUAUACCAGGAUCUACAGAAUUGCCCAGGCCCAGAUCCGCCGCAUCUCCACCCUUGAGAGAGCAGGGGGGCAAUGGCCAGCUCCUGGCAAGGAGCCCGCCUCCUCUUUGCGGAGUUCCUUGCACAAGGAGACCAGGGUGCUGCAGACCCUUUCUAUCAUAAUGGGAGUCUUUGUUUGCUGCUGGCUGCCCUUCUUCCUGCUGAACUGCCUGCUGCCUUUCUGCCAGCCCAGCCUCGAGGAGGACCCUGCAGGACAGUCACUCUGUAUUGGCCAAACCACCUUCAACGUCUUUGUGUGGUUUGGCUGGGCCAACUCUUCAGUGAAUCCAGUGAUCUAUGCUUUCAAUGCAGACUUCAGGAGGGCUUUCAGCAAUCUCUUGGGCCGCUGGUGCUGCUGCUGUGGCACACCCGAAUCACCUGUGGAGAGGGUCAACUUCAGCAAUGAGCUGGUUUCCUAUCACCAUGACACCACCUGCCAGAAGGAAGGGGCUGUCCCAUCAUCAGUGCCUCCUGCUGCCACCAUUGCCUGGGUGCAGCCCGUGCCCCAUGCCAUAAACCUCCAGGGAGAGCACAGCAGUGAGGAGAUGUCUAUGGAGAAGAGGGUUGUGACUUCUCAGACACAGACUGCCCUUGGCAGCAGCCCCAGCAGUGGUCAAGUGCCAGCUAUUUUGCAAUUGGAUUGCAAGGCAAAGCCAUCCCUGGAAACUGCUGCCCCCUGCACAGGACUUGGUCAGUGUGAGCUCACUUCUCACACACACAGCCACCACACAGGGAGAGCUCUCCCUGUCUCCAUGUAAGCUCCCCAGCAACAAAAGUCCCAUGCCAGAGGGAUGGGAAAACACUGCUCUUACCACACAGGGGUGAUAGGUAUAUGGAGUCCAUUCCAAAAGCACAUAGCAGCCACACAUUUACCUCUUUCCAUGGCCACCUUCACCCCUUACUCUCACAGUCAUUAGACAUCUCCCAUUCAUUUGUUCAUCCCCAUUCUGCAAUCAAAUGUGAGGUAUAUAUUAAGAAUAGUGAGAUAAUUAGAUCAAAGUAAAAAAACCUCAUCGUUCAGGCAGCCAGUCUCUUCAGAAAGUAGAAAUAUAAUAUGAUCCACAAAAUAAAGAGUGGCCAGGUCAUCUCUGUCAACCCAUUUCACUGCUGGUAAAUAUAAAGGUCAACAAAAAGCAGAGCAAAUAGGUGUUGGAUGGCUUGCAGGAGAGAGAAUACUGGGAAAACUAUGAUUGUUUCUAACUGGGUAGAAGGAUUCAGCAGACAUUAAGGCAAUACAGUGGCAUCUCAUUGUCCUCUGUUACUCUGUCCAAAGGUUCUGCUGCUGACCAUGGUGGUGCUCCACUCGCCACCAUCCUUGUCCCAUUUUUUUCUCUCUCCCACCAAUGAUGGAUUUGCUCUGAUUUAUCUCAGGAAGAUGAUGAAGAUGCAACUGUCCAGAAAGAGACAUGAAGAAUGCUUACACUGCAAGAGCUUUCUUGGGCAUUGUCUCAUAGGUGGUAGAAAUGAUACUUUUCAGAACAGUGAUCUAUGCUGAAAGGACAGCAGCAGCAAAGAGACACUCCUCCCAAUGAUCCUGCUCCCUGUGAUUUUAAGUAAUGUGUAGUUCUUAAAUCCCUGUAUGCAUUUUCCCCCAUCAUUAGUUCUUUUGGGAAAAUAUGCUCAUGCUACUCCGCUCUUUUCAGGAAUGUGUCCUUGGGGAACACUUUGGGUGUGACUGGUAUCUGUUCUUCAUGGCCUACACUGGCAGGACAAGAGCUAAUGGGCUGUAAGUAAGACCAAGGCAAGAAUUUGUAAAUUUUCUAAGAAUUAGGAUAAUUAGGCGCUGGAGUAGAUUGCCUAGGUAAUUAUGGCAUCUCUCUCAGUAAAAUGACUGUAAGCUUCUGUCAGAUAUGACAGUGACAAUGUUGAUCCUGCCUUGGGGCAGAGGCACACAGUAAUGGUCUCUUGAGAUACUCUCUGUCCUGCUUCACUAUGACAAUGUGUCUCUUUAAGAAGCAUUGAGCUUAAGAUGUUUGGCUGUGGGUUUUUUUUGCAUGCAACUAUCCUUAGAUAUUUUCUUGAAGGCAAAAAAGAUACAGACAAGAACUUCGAGAUGCCAUUGGUAUUCUUCCUUUCUUUUUGUGAUUAUCCAUGUUUCUGAGCAUUUAACAACUAUCAUUCAGCAUGCCUAGUGCCUCUGCUGGAGAGCAACCCUGAAAUAAACCUGCUGUGGCCUUAAA